AUGGUUGCCAACGACGAACAACAACGACUUCUUUCUGAUUCACGUCCUCGCGUGGAAGCUGCCGCUUUUCAGGGAAAGGGGGAGCAUGAUUUCACAGCAAGUGGCGCGAACGUACUGCAGAAGGACGUCGCUUCUGUGUCCAUUGCCAAAAGCGAGGCCAUUUCAAAGCACCAUACUAUGAAAUUCAUGGCUGGCCCUCGCGUCAACAGGGGCAAGGUGACAAACCUCGUCGCCAAGGAAACAAGUCAGGACGCAGCGAUCCUCAAGAUGCUAUCGUCGAAAGUGACACCAGCCCAAUCCCUGUGCUCACUCCUGCUCAAGUCGCACAACUCUGUGCAUUCCUCGGUCUGA